AUUUUUAAAAACUAUCAGAAAAAUAAUUAAAAGUUGAUAACGAUGGCUCUGUUGAAGGUUAACUGCACCAUACGAACACUGUUAGUAUUGGUUUUUGCAAUCAACGUGUCGAUGAUAUUAGUAUUUCGUCUUUACGUCUUACAGAUAAGACAGGAAAGCAUCGGUAAUAGGAAAUUUCAAUUAUCAUAUUACACUACGGUGGAGACAGAUACAGAAACUCAUACGUUUACAAUGGCCAAGGAAAAUACAAUGUCAUCAACCGCAAGAAUAAAUGGAACCGAGAUGAUAAAUGUAAAUUUUACUACAGAGCUCAAUGUUCCCGCGAUUUCUAAUUGCAUUGAAUAUUUAGGAGGAUCUAUUUCUGUGAAUUAUAAGUCAGCUCUACAAACCUUUCACAAUUUUUCAAAUAUUACUCAAGCUGAUAUAACGACUUAUGGGGAAUUAUUCCUUGGAAAUAAGGAAGAAGGAUAUAAAUACAAAAAUUCAAACAACGCGGUGAUUUUUGAACCAAAAAAUCCAAAUUGCCAGACAGCACAAAAUGUGGCUUUUAUAAUUCCUUUUCGAAACCGAGAAACGCAUCUACGACUAGUAGUAGGACAUCUGAUUCCAGUUUUACAAAGACAAAAUAUUCGCUUUGCAUUUUUUAUCGUCACUCAAAAUGGGAACGAAUAUUUCAACAAAGGUCGACUGAUGAACACUGGGUUUGAAUUCGCGAGUGAAGUUGGAAAAGCGAGGAAUCAAGCUUUCGAUUGUUAUAUAUUCCAUGAUGUAGAUCUUUUUGUCGAGCACGAUAGCCUUCUAUAUAGAUGCGGCGGUGGAAAGGAAAUUGAUCACUUAGCCCCAAGAAUUGAUAAGUUCAAAUAUGUUCCAUACUGUUGUGGUAUGACAGUCGGGGGAGUCAUUGGUUUCACAGAAGAGCAAUACAGGACGGUGAACGGUUAUUCCAAUAAAUAUUGGGGAUGGGGAGCUGAAGAUGAUGAUAUGGCGGAUAGGCUAGAACUACAUGAUUUGGGAAUCAGACGACCAGAAGGUGAUUUAGGAAAAUAUACCAUGAUGUCUCACCAACGCGAUUCUCUGAAUCCGAUCAACACAGGAAGAUUUAAAAUUUUAUGGGACAAAAACAAAAAAUUUUGGAAUGACGGGCUCGGAAAUUUAGAUACAAAAAUAACGUCAGUUUUACGUUAUCCACUUUUUGUGAACGUCUUGGUAGACGUGGGAAAACCACCUACCUAACAUAAAGCAAUGAAGAUGGAUCAUUAAAUUUGCUCCGUGCUCCGGUUCUUCAUAUAGAUCGGUCCCAACAGGUCCAAGGAGAAUACAACAAAUACAAGUGAUCUAAGCCAAAACUGAGAGUUGGAGGUCAUAAUUGUAUAAGGCCUACUGCAAGAACGAAAUCUAUUCUACAUAGCAGCAUUUGCACUUGUUUGAUCAUGUUUAUAUUUUACAGACACUUUGGACCCUAGAAUAAAAUUAAUUAAUGCUUAGAAUGUCAAACAUUUGGAGAAGAAUAGAAUGUGCUUUUUUAUUUCAAAUUCAACAGUGUCAAUUGAUAAAUAAAUCCUCAACGCCCUCCAAGUCGAGUCUAAUCAUCGAGUCAGUGUCAUAGGAAUGUCAUGACAUAGACAACAGUGAAAUGAAUAAAUAUAGUCACAUUGGCACUAAGACUUCUUGCUUUGAACCCACGUUAUUUUCAAAGUCGAACUAAGAUUUACCGAUAUAUGGAUAAUCUUUGAUGAAUCCCAUGUAAAGCACUAUAGCUUAGUAUAUAUAUUUAUACCUCCCAUGAAAAUUCUCUAACUCUGACCAGUCAGUUUGCAACACCAAGUUAUUCCAUUUUGCUAUAACAACGGCUGGCCGACUGUGACCCCUUUUACUUUUAAUUUCGCCAUUUGUUUCUUUUGUCUCUCUUGCUACCACGUAUCAAAUUUUCUAUCAGCAAGUUUCUGGACGGAGCACGGAUUUUCAACAUAAAUGUGACAUAUUGUAAUGUCAAUGUUUGUAUAUAUAUUGUGAAGUUGCAAGAUUGAAUUGAAUCCAGUCAGAUAUAUCGAAAUAUACACUUAAACCUUGAUACCAGCUAUACGUUUGAAAUCCAAAUGAGCAAUAAUGCAAAACAUCAAAAAUAGUCAAUCAAUUUUUUUUCAACUCUCGGAUGGAGACAAUCAACGCGCCACAGAUUGGUUGAUGCAAAAAAUAACUCUGCAUAAGAGUGAAGCCUUUGCUACCAUACAUCUCCAUCAGCAAGAUUGUACAAAUGACUUUUUUCAAUUGAAUUCCACAUGCUAUUAAUACAAAGGUAUUAAAUAACAUUAAACUUCAUAGUUAUAUUUCACAUUCGCUGCACCCUCACUGAACGUUCACCUUUUUUUUAUAAUGAUGCACUCUUUUAUCUUUUACUCAAAAUCUAGUAGGCCUACAAGUUACAACCCACUCAUCCUUCCUUUUAUCGAUCAAAAAUAUAAUGUUUAGAACAGUGGUUUUCAACCUUUGAUGGCUUGAUGUGGCAACCUUUUCAUCAUUCUAAUAAUACAAGCAACGCACACAUCCCAAGGCAUCUCAAUUCACUUUGGCAAAUAAUGAAGUAUUGUGUCCGUAAAAGCAUAUACUGUUUAUAUUUAAAAACCGUAUUGUGUGUUU